AUGGCACGCAGGGCUUCGUGGUGGCAGCGGCAGCGGGAGGGCCCGCUUCCGGGCUUCGUCGGGGUGCGCAGCGUCCUCGGCCAGGCCUCGGUGGUCCAGGCCUGCCGCGCCUCGGCGCUCUCGGGGCUGUUCUCGGGCGGCGUCCAGCUGCUGGACACGCACGCGGAGGCGGCGCUGCCCCUGGAGGAGGUGCUGCCCGACAACGAGGUGUACAAAACCUUCUGCUUCCUGCUCGCCUUUUUCGUCGUCCUGCACACGUCCCACGCCUACCAGCGACUGAUGCACGGCGCCGAGAUGUUGCACACCGUCGUCGGGGAGCUCACCGAGCUGACGAAUCUGCUUUUUGCCUUCGCAAGGACUGCCAAGUCUGGACCCGGGGAGGUGCGCGACUUUAAGCGCUCGAUCGUGCGCCUGGUGAGCCUCCUCUUCGCAGUGAGCGUGGCAGAGGUGGAGGAGGGCGACUCCGAGAAGGGGCUCGGGUUCAAACUGAUAGACGUCAUGGGCAUUGACCAGGAGGUGAUGGACAGGGUGCAUUCCUCCGACAAUAAGCCAGAGGCAGUAUGCCACAUUACGUACAGCGCCAUCGUCGACGCCAUCUCCGCCGACACGCUGACCAUACCAGCCCCGCUGCUCACUCGUGUUUUUCAAGAAUUUGGCAACGCGAUGAUCAAGUUCAACGAGGUAAGAACAUUCAAGGCUGUACCCUUUCCCGCUCCGUAUGUCAUGUCUGCCAGGUGCUUGUUGUUCAUUCACGCCGUGCUUACUCCUCUAUACAUGGCGCACUGGACCUGGGGACCCCUUCAGGCAGCAGUUCCGACCGACUUUCAUACUGGUCUUCACGUUCCUCAUUCUGCACCUGGUUGCCCGCGAGUUAGAUAAUCCUUUUGGCGUGGAUUGCAACGAUAUCAGGAUCGAGCAGCUGCAAGAGGACCUCAACAGUCGGUUGCUGUCCAUCCUGGUCGCGUCCGAAGGCAGGGCGGAGCGGGACGAAGGCGGGCUGAGCAGCACGGGCUUCGCGGACAUGUACCGCGUGCGCGCCUCCGAGGAGUGCAGAUCCUACGCGCAGCUGGCGGUGCUCCACAUGGCGGGCCGGGGCCUCCCGGAGCGCUGCGAGGAGGACACCCCCGCGGUGCCGCCCGAGGAGCGCGGCCCCGAGGCGCCGCCGCUGGCCGCGCCUGCCCGGCUGCGG